AUGAUAAUUAUGCUUUUUUUCUUUUACACAGGAAUAAGAACCUUGUAUUUCUUUUUUGUUUAUAUGGUUGGAAGUACCAAAAAGAUGAUUAUGAUAUCAUUUUUUGUAAUGCUAAGAAUAAUUGGAAUAUAUAAAAAUCAGAACGUGACGAGUAAUGUUAAUGAAUUUGUAUAUUCAUUGUCUUAUUGUCAAAAGAAAGAUGGUGAGGAAGUAGGGGUUGACAAGAGUGAUUUAUAUGGGGAUAAUUUUUAUGUUACAGAUCGUCGUUUGUCUGAUGAGAAAAAUUCAAACGAUGGCAGUACUCGGCAUAUGCAAGAAUCUAACAAUAACCAUAGUGAAGGUGGCAAGAGAAGAAGUGACAAUUAUCAAGGAAGUAAAGAAAGGCGUGAAAAUGGUGGCACUAAUGGGAAUAGUGGAAAUGUUGGAAAUGAUGGAAGUUUUGGAAGUAGUGGAAAUAAUGGAAAUUUUGCAAGUUUUGGAAGUAGUGGGAAUGAUGGAAAUUUGGGAAAUUUUGGAGGCAGUGGAAAUGAUGGGAAUGAUGAGAAUGACAAUAACAAUGGGAAAGAUUUCCCAGAGGAGGAUAAGAAUAUGGUGGAAGAUCAAAAUGGAAAAACGAGAAAAAAAAGGAAUAAGAGGCUAAAUGAAAAAAGCAGAAAUAUUAAUAAAGCUAACAAUGGAAGGAAAGGACGAAAAAAGGUGGACUCACUAAACGGAAUUCAAGAAGAAAAUAAUAUGAUGUUGAAUAAUUAUGGCAAUGUGAAAAAUAUGAAUUACAUGAACUUUAGGAACAUGAAUAAUGCCUCCUUUUUAUACGAUAAUGAUAAUAACAAUAGUAGUAGUAAUGCGAAUGAUAUCUGUAGUAGUACCAGUAUUCUUGGUAACACCAUCACCAAUGAUAAUAUUGGUAAAUUAAAUUUUAAGCUGGGUGCAUACUCAAAUAAGCUAAUUGAUGAAACGAAUUACCAGAUGAGGGGUCGUGCUGGAUGCAAUGUAGGAACUCAUAUGGGUAGUCAGUUGGGAAGCCUCGUGAUGAAUCGGGUGGACAAUCUGAUAGAAAACAACAUAGGAAGUCAAAUGGAAAAUCAGGUAAAUAGUGGAAAUAUCGGAAAUAACGUAAAUAAUGGAAACAAUGGAAACAAUGGAAAUAAUGGAAACAAUGGAAAUAAUGGAAACAAUGGAAACAAUGGAAACAAUGGAAACAAUGGAAACAAUGGAAACAAUGGAAACAAUGGAAACAAUGGAAACAAUGGAAACAAUGGAAACAAUGGAAAUUAUAGUAUGUACCUUAAUAAUCGUGGAAAUAUGAAAUAUAUGCAAAAUUAUUCGAAUUCGAACAACUCCAUCUCAUCUAAUAUGAACAGUGGAAUGAGAGGAUCCAUGAACGGGUCAUUAAGCAGCAUAGGAAAUGGUUUGCCAAAUGAUUCAAUGAAAAAUGGUUAUAUGAACAGUCCCAUGAAUAAUCAAAUGCACAAUACAAUGUUUCACAUGAACAGUAGUUUUGGAAAUAACAUGUUGAAAAAUAAUAUCAGCCAAAUGAAUCGAAUGGGGCCUACUACAAACCCAGUAAAUGCACAAUUAACAAAUAACAAUCUAUGUAACAAUAUGAAGAAUUACGGAUUGCACUUAAACCAACAAAAAGGGAAUACAAUGAAUAAUCAGAUGGAUAAUAAAGGAAAUUAUCAUAUGAAUGGCCAAAUGGGAGGAAGUAUUGGUGGAGGUAAGACCACCUUCUCAAUUCCCAUGAAUAGUCAUGUAGGAAAUACAGUGAGUAACAUAACUAAUUCUGGAAAUAAUAUAAACAUGCAUAUGGAUACGUCUAGCAUAAAUGGAAAUAUUAAUAAGAAGACUCAUUUUAAUAUGAACCAAACAGCAACGAAAAUGACCACAGGUCCAUUGAGCACCCAAUUGGGAAAUCAUGUAAAUGCAAAUCCAAGAUCAAAUAUUAAUAGUCACCUGCAUAAUCAAAUAGGUGGGAAACACAUGUCGACGAACCAAUUUCCACAUUAUAUGAACAAAUCUUUUUCUCCUGCCUUAAAUAUUAAUAAUAUGAAUAUCUGUUCGAGUAUUCCAAAUGGAAAUGUUAAUAUGAACAUGCGUAUGAUGAAACAUAUGACAAAUUAUAUGAAUACAAAUGUGAAUAGAAAUUCAUUGUCCAAUAAUAUUACUAAUAUGAAUCCAUCUGGUGGUGGUAUGAAUAAAAAUAAGGUUAAAGAUACUGUUAUUAAUAACAGUACAUAUAGAAGUAAUAGCCUUUUAAGAGAUAAUUUAAUGAGCUCUAAUAUGUAUGACCAAAGCAACACAAUUAACAGCAACAUGGCCUCGUGUGAUAGAUUCUGUGGUGAUGUUAUCCCAAGCAAUAAGAUCCAGAGUAACAUGAUGAGAGGUGAUAUGAUGAAAGGUGAUAUAAUGAGAUGUGAUAUGAUGAUAGGUGAUAUAAUGAGAGGUGAUAUGAUGAGAGGUCAUAUGAUGAAAGUGGAUAUGAUGAAAGGUGAUAUGAUGAGAGGUGAUAUGAUGAAAGUGGAUAUGAUGAAAGGUGAUAUGAUGAGAGGUGAUAUGGUGAAAGGUGAUAUGAUGAAAGGUGAUAUGAUGAGAAUUGAUAUGAUGAAUAAUAGUCAGAACCCACGUAUGAGGAUGAUGGGUUCGAACUUUGGUAAUAUAAAUGCAGGAAUAAGCACGCCUAACAAUCUAAAUCAUAUGAACAAUGUAAGAAGCGGAAAUUGUGGAAGCACUAUGAAAUUGGCAUCUGAAAAGUAUCCCAUUAAUAAAAUAGGCUUGAGUAAUAGUAGCAACAGUAACUGCAAUAGUAACAGUAACAGUAACUCCAAUAUUAUGAUGAUACCUAUGAACAGAGAAAUGAGUGACAUUAAUAACAAUACAGAUGUGAUGAACUACAUAAGUAACAAUAAUUAUAUGAAUAAAAAUAUGAAAAUUUUCAAGAUGGAGAAUAAUUACCCCUUUGAACAAAUGUCAUUGAGGAGUGAUCAAAUUCUUAAUGUGAAUACAAAUAAUGUCAACAUGAGAAAUCCAUUUGCAAAUGUUAAUAAUGAAAAAAUUCACCUAAACAGACAGUUGAGUAAUGAAAAAUCGUUUCGUGGAAAUUACGCACUAGAUGAAAGUAAUAAUUUGUGUUCAUAUCAAAGUGUCCCAAAUGAAACAUGUGGAAAUGUGCAUGAGAAUAAUGAUAGAAUGAGUACUUUUGGAGAGAACCUUGACGCUGAAGAAAUUACAAGUGUGUGUUGUACUGCAAAGGAUAUAUGUAGUACGAAUGCAAAUCAGAACAAUCCCCUUAUUAACAGUAAGAAAAACAAUAAAAAUAAUUUGAAGAAUGGAAAAGAUGAUGAAUUAAAUAAUAGUCAAAAUUUGAGAAGUGUAAAAAUUAAUUGGAGUAAAUAUGAUAACAUUUUUAAAAAAAUUAAAUUAGAAAAAGAUUAUGAAAAAUUUAUUAAUCUAGAUGAGAAGAAGAAGAACAUAUCAGAUGCUGACACAGAAGACAAAUCAGAUUGGGAUAAGGAAUCAGAUCCUGGAAUUAAUGAUUUGAUGAAUAUAAAUUUUAGAUCCUUUAUUCAUGACUAUAAUGAUGUUUUAAAUAAACUAAAUUCAAUUAAAGUAAAUGAUAAGAAUGCAUUUAAAAAUAAUUCUUAUACUCAGUUGUAUGAAGAAAUAUUUUUAAAUAUCGAAAAGUUUUUAGAUAUAUCUCAACUGAAACAUGAAAAUAAUUUCACACACACAAAUUUUUAUAAAAAUAGCCUCGGUCGUGUCAAUGCAAAUAGAAGUGGUGGUUGUGGUUUCGAUUGUGAGUAUGAUGAUGCAGAGAUUCCUUCUGCAAAUGCUGUUGGAACUAUAACUGACAUGAUGGAUAGUGCCAUUCCAUGCAAUUCUACUAACAUUGUUAAUAUGAAGAAGCACAUUGAUAAAACAAAAAAAGUGGGGAGUAAUAGAGGUGUUUCCCAAAUGAAUUUCAUCACAAAAAAUGAUCAUGUUCAUGAUGAAUACAACAAUAUGAAAGAAGGAAAAGAAAACUUUUUCCAAAGCAUAUCGAUGAGUGCAGCAAAUAAUUCUAUUUUUGAGAUGUUAUUAAAUAAGAAAAAAGAAUUCGAUAAAAUAUGUAUUCAAAACAAUUUUGAUUCUGUUUUUCCAGAUGAAGAAUUUCUUCACUUAAAGUCAGAUAACUGCAAGAAUCUGUUGCAGAACAAUUUGCAACCAGCUUCUAUGACAAGCAAGAUAUCCGUUUCAGAAAUAGAUUGUAAGAAUAUCACUACAAAUAUGACGAAUGCAACUAUGCAUGAUGGGAUGAAAAAUGUACCAAUUUUUAACACAAGAAAUACGGAAAAUUGUAAUAUGCUGAUGGAGAAAGGAAGAUAUGGAAAUGAGAACACAUUUGGAAACAACAGAAAAGGUUGUAAUGAAAGUAAAAAUGUAAUGUAUCAAAAUUAUUUUAUUGAAAAGAUAUUGUCAAAAAGAUAUAGAACAUAUUCCAUUAACGAAUUUGUUAAUGUCGAAUUGAAUGAAAAUUUGAGAGAACUAAUUGACAUAUAUAAGAAAAAUCUUUGUUGCAAUAUAAGAAGAAUACUGAAGGAAAAAAUAAAUUAUCAGAAGAGGCAUUUCGAAUGGUACUAUAACAACAGAGGAAAAAGAUCAUUAAGGAGAAAAUAUUGGAAUGGAAAAAAAUCUCAAAUGCACAAAGGAAGGAAGAGAAAAAGGAGAAAAGUGACGCAAGAAUGCAAGGAAUUUUCUAGCAAAAAAUAUAAUUUUACGAAUGAAACAAAGAACCAUGUUAAUGAUAUGGCAAACGAGGAAAAUUUAUGUAAUAAAUUAAUGAAUGAAAAUAAUGUAACAAAAUUGAAAAAUAUGUCCGAAGAGAACUCAGAAAAGCCCUUUUUUUUUUUCACAUCUGGUAAUUCUAAAAAGAAAAAACAGCUUGAUGUUGAAAAUUCUUACAGUGCCAGCAGUAGUACUCCCUGCAAGAGCGAAGGAAUUAAUGAUGCUGGAAUUUUAUCUUUAGACAAAUGUGGCCAAGUGUCGAAAUUAGAACAGGAGAAUUAUACUGAGGUUGCACUACUUGAGGGAACUAAAGUAGAAGUGAAAAAAGAACAAGAUGAACAGCAAGUGAGGAAAGAAGAUACAGGAAAGAAUGAUGAGAUAGUUCAAAAUAGCAAUUCCACUACUGGAAUUAACAAGAUUGUGAAUACAUUAUCGUUCGGAUUUUUUAGAAACAAAAUGUCUCCUCCUAUGAAAGAAGAAGAUACGAGAAGUAAAACAGACAGUAAGGUAGGUAGUGGUGCGGUAGACAACAAUGGUGAUAUUAACGUGUACAUAGAAAAGAAAAUGAUGCAUAAAGAAUUUUUGAAAAGGAAUCAAAGCAUGAGAUUUACCUUAAUAAUGGAAACGACAAAUCUAUCAAUUCAUAGAUUGGAAGAUAAAAUGUACGAAGAAAUACGAAAGAGAAAAAUGAAAAAACAAAAAAAAAUUAUGAAUCUAAAAUAUAAAACAAAUGCAAUAAUUGAUUUUGGAGAUAAGAUUGUUUGGGUUUCAUUCGAAUUUAACCAUUUAGAUGUGCUCAAGAAAAUAAGAAAUAAUAUAUUUAAUUUGUACAAUUUGAAUAAAAUUCAAAAUAUGAAUGAAUCAGAAAUAAAAUUAGAAAAGUGUAUUACCAAUGAAAUGAAAAAAUAUAAAAAUGUAAAAAUAAAAUUUUAUAAAUUUCUUAGUUAUUACGAUUUUGUUUUUUUAAAAAAUCGUUUGAAUUUUAUUAAAAUUAAAUAUAAUAAGAGCGAACCCAAAGUUUCAAAACAUGAACUAAGUGCCUCUACUUCUGGUGGAACUUCUCUUACGCAAGCCUUUAACAUUAUGCACUUUCCAAGUACAUCUACAAAGAAAAUUCCAGAGGAAAAUUAUAAUCCAAAUGGUACAAGUACAUUGGGAACAUUAAAUAAUAGAAGUGAUAAUGCCUUUUUAAAUGUACAACCUGUACAUAAUAAUACUGAAUGUUUGACUGAAAAAUGUAAAGAUAAGAAUAAUAAUAUAUCAAACAAUGGUGAUUGUAAUAGUAAGGAAAAUUUAAACAUUGUGAAUAACUAUGACAAUGUUAAUUUUGAACCAAUUGUGAUGAAUGAAUGUGCAACAUGUUUACCAGUUAUUGGAUGUGCUACAAAAAAGGAAGAAAAAAAUGAGUCAACAAACAAAAUUAAUUUAAGGAAUAAAAAUUAUUACUCUAAAUAUGAUUAUUUUUUUAUGAAAAAUAAAAUUGGAAAAAAAGAAGUAACAUGUUCAAAGCUUCGAUUUUCUAAAAGUACAGAAGAUGAAAUGAAUCGUUUAUUAAAUAAUGUGAAGGAGUUAUACAUAGAACCGAAUGAUGAGAUGAUUAAAAAGAAUAAGUUAAGAAAAGACAUUUCAUUAUACCCAUUGAUAGAUAAAAAGAAGUUGAACACAUUUAUAAAUUUGAAUUUAAAUAUAGAUGUGAAAAAUGAAAUUGUUGUACCAAGUAACAGUAAUCGUGUGGUAGAAAAAGAAAUGAAUAUUCUUAAUAAAUAUUUGAAUACAAACAUGAAAUUAGAGAAACUAGAAUUUUCUAAAAUUGGAUCAGGUGUCUUAGGGUCAUCAAAUAUGACACCCAAUUCAGGGACAAGUAUAGUUGUAGGUGUUAUACCUGGAUGUAAUUUUGAAAAUUAUGAUAAUUUAAAAAAUAAUAUUCGUGGUGAAAAAUAUAAUGAAUCGAAUUGUGUACUUAUUGAUAAUUACGUAUGGUCAAAUAAUCCAACCUUGUUUAACAUUUUUGAGAAAUAUUAUCUUUUGUUAAAAAUGCAAAAGUACAUACUGCAGUAUAGAUAUUUUUCAAAAAAUAAUAUUAAAAAAAAGUUAAGUUCAGAAUCGAAUUGCGAUAUUUACUCCAGUUCUAAUUCAUUGAUUUGUUCCUCUACCAGUAAUGUAAGGAGAAGAAGACGAUAUAUCAAAAGAGCUAAUAAUCAAGGUAAAGAGCUAGAAUGCAAAUUAGAUGCAAAACAUGCUAGUGCAAAAGAUGAUGUAUCUACAGAAUUUGCUCAUCUGUCAGUAGAUGCCACUGUUAAUAAUGUUGCAUCUGCUAAAAAAGAUGCAGCUGUUCUUGUUGUCAUGAAAAAGAGGCGCAGAAAAAGUAGAAUCUCGAAGCUUCAUUGUAGAAAAGAUGUAACAAAUUCGACAAGUGCUGCAGAUUUAACUUGUAAAAAAGGUGAAGAAAAAGAUCUCAGUUCAACAUGUGGAAUGAAGGAAGAAGAAGUAGAAGAAGAAGAAAAAGAAAAAGAAAAAGAAGAAGAUGAGACUAAUAUUAAAUCUAGAUUUAUGGAGAAUAAGAAUGAUGAAUUAAAUAGAAUGAAUGAGAUUGUAAAAUCAGAACAAAAUAAUACACAAAUGUGUAUCAAUUUAGUUCAAAGGAACCAACGGAUGAUGAGUUCUUCAGAAAAAUGUGAUCAACAAGACAAUGCAAUUGUUUUAAGGGAAGAAUUUAAAAACAGUAUAGAAAUUUCAAAUGAGAAAAGCGAUGUAACAUUUCCUAUUGUGAAGAACGAAUUAGAAGAAAAUGAAGCAGCAAGAAAAGGAAACAUUCAUCAUACUAAUAAUAUAGAUUAUGAACCAUCACCAAAGAAGAAAAUAAUACACAAUGACAACGUGAUGCUUGAGAUGAAAACAAUUAAAACUGGUAGAAGUGGAAGUAACAGAAGUAUCAGUAGUAAGAAGAAUUUCCCUACUUCUGCAGUUGAUAUUACAAAGAAAGAGGUUACUUUUCUUGAUGAUGAAGUAAAAAUUGCAAAAGAAGCUGAAGAGGCAGACACAGAAUUUGAAUUAGAAGUAGGUGUUGAUGGAGCAGAAGAAAAAAAGAAAAGAGGUCGAAAAAAAGGGAAAAAAAGAGGAAGAAAAAAAGGAGGUAGAAAUAAAAGCAAAUUAAUGGAGGGAGGUGGGGGAGGUGAUCAUCAUCAAGUCAAAGAAGGAGAAAUAAAUAAGAUGGAUUUGAAGAGAACUAAACUGGAAAGUGAGAAAAAAGAAUUGGAUGAUAAGACAUAUGUUGUUGGAUAUUUGAAUAAUAAAGAAGAUAGACUAGAAGAAAUAGAAAAGGAAAUAUUAGAAAAUGAAAGUAUUCCAAUCGAUAAAGAUAUAAUUAUAGAUUUAUUAUGUGAAGAGGAAAAGUUGGUAGAAAGUUACAUUAAAAAUUCUCGAUUUGUAGAUAAAAAUUUAAUAUGUUUAUUAAUUUAUUUAAAUACUGUUCAGAAAAGAUUAAGUAGCAUUUCUAAUAGAUUACUGAAAAAAGUUAUUAAAGAGAAUAAAAUGCCAGUUAGAAUUAGUGAAAAUGUUAAAAAAAGUGAUGAAAUAACAUAUAAAUAUCUCAUGUUUGAAAGGUGGAACCAAUUAAGAUAUUCUCUUUUUUAUAACAUAAAUUGUUCAUAUAACAACAAUAGUUUUAGUGGUACUAUUAUAAAGGUACAUGAAAAAAGUAGUCAAUCCAUUUCUCAAAAAAAUAUGAACAUUCAUACUAUUUUCGAUUUACAUAAAUUUUCUGGAAAAUAUAAAAAACAAAAGUUGCCACCAUUUGAAUACAGCAUAUUUUUAAAAUAUAAAAUUUUUAAAAACAAUAAGACUUGUAUUACUAAUGAAAAUGAGGAUAUUUAUUUUGGAUACAAGAAAAAAACACAAGGAUUGAAAGAACCUGAAGAUGAGGAAUCUCAAUUCAUUAAUAAUGAAGAAAAUUUCUGUGGAUUUUCCAACAACACGGAUCUGAAUAUCACACCUGUUUUGUCAUACUGUUGCGUGUGUUUUAAUGAUGAUUACAAUAGCACACAGAUUAGUGAACAAGGAGAUAUUGUCCAAAAUGUUUCUAGAAAUAAUUCCAUUUCCAAUUCGGUUGUAGAUGUGAAGAAUCAAUGUAUUGAUAAAUCACAGGAGAAGAGUCAAAUAUUUUCAAGUAUAAAAAGAGAAUCUAUCGAAAUGGAGCAUAGGAAAGAUUCACAAAAUGAUGAGAAGAUCACUUCUCAGGUGGCAAUUUCCAUGGAUAACCAGAUGAAUAACAGUAACUUGAAGGGAAGUAAUCAAAAUAAUUUCGUCUCGAGUGGAAGUAAAAAAAAAAUCAAUACUAUCAAUAGCGGAAAGGAACUUGCUGUUAUUGAGAAAAAUAUAAAGAGUAAUCGUAAUCAGAUGAUGAAAUGUGGAAGAUGUUACAUGCAUGUUCAUAAAUUUUGUUACAUUUCUACUAAGAAGACAGAGGAAUGUGCAUCUACCUAUGCGCAAGCUAGCGCUCCUAUAAGUUCGAAUGAGUGGUUAUGUCAAAGAUGUGAAUUUGAAAAGAAAGCAUUAGGGAAUAAUUAUUUGUAUUUGUUUGAUAACAACAUUAAAUGUUAUAUAUGUAUAGAGAGAGGUGGUGCUUUUAUUCAAAUGACUAGCGAGAUAUUUGUACAUACAUUUUGUGCUAUAUUUUGUGUACCAGACAUGUUAGUUAAUGUUAAUGUGAAUUUAGAAAAUUUGGAUGAAUACUUGAAAUUAAAUAACCUUUCUCUAACCCAAGAAGUUUUAUCAAUUUUUGAGAGAAAAAGGAGAAAAAUGAUUACGACCAAAGCUUGCAAGCAGAUGGGAGAGGUACAGACGCAGGAGUGGCAGCAAAAAGAUGUGACUGUGAAAGAUGUAUAUGCAAAGGAGAUAGCGGGGAAGAAGGAUAUAGAAGAAAAAGAAAAAAAAAAAAAAAAAGAAUUCCUGAUCACACAAAAUAGUUACAAGUUGGAUUUCUGUAGCGAAACCCUGAAUAAUUAUAACCGUUCCCCUAGUUUUUCCACGAGUAACACUUCACGCAGCAUAAUAAAUCGAGAGGAAAAUAAAGCAAAAUUCACAAAUUUUAACAACAACAAUGAUCUUAAGGAUGCAAGAAAUUCAGUUUUAAGUAGCUCGAAGGAGCAUGUACAAGAUUUUACAGAUGAUAACAACUACAGCAUUCCUACAGGUGACGUAAAGGAUGGAUAUCGAUCAAAGAACAAAAUUAUUAAAUCCAUUUUUUCCAAAAAUUAUAUUUCCACUUCGAGGAAAGGUUCUAUGAAAAAUAUUGAAAUGAGUACUGGUGAUAGUACCCACUUGAGGGACACCAAAAUUUAUGAUUUUUUUUCAUUUGUGAAGGAUGAUAAGAAGAAAAGAGGAAAUGAAGAUAUUAACCAAGUUGAAAAUUUAAAAAAAAAAAAAAAAAAACUCGCCAAUGAUAGUGAUUACAAUAAGGAUAGCAAUGGGGAUAACAAGGUGGAAGGGACAGUAGAAACACUUUAUGAUAAAGGUGAAAGAAAUAACAUAGUGACGUACAGUGGAAAUAUGACGACUAAACAUGUAUAUAAGGAGAAUAAUCCGUUUUUACCAAAAAAAGGGGAAGGAAAGACUAGCCCAAUUCAUCGAACUUGGAAAAGAAAAACAAAAGGUGGUGAUGGUUUUUCUGAUACUGAUAUGAUUAGAACUGAAUCAAACGAAAUGAUGAAAGGUGAAGAUUUGGAAGGAAGAAACCAUAACAUUAUUAGCGAUAAUAAUUACACAUCGGGUGAAUAUUGUUCAACCUCGUCGUCCUGCUCCUUGACAGAAUGUUCUAUGUACUCAGACUCGACAUUCUCAAAAAUGAAUAAUUUGAAAGUAGAAAAGAAGAGCAAUGGGACGAUGAGGUGUCCAAACAGAGGAGGCAUACAAUACACUUCAGACAGACAAGACACACGGUUAAGGUGUUCAAGUGGGAAGGGAAGUUUUAACAAAAAAGUAUGCUGUAGCCCAUAUAUAAUUAACGGUUAUGUAGAGGAAAAAACUAGGUGUGAUGUAUGUUUGAAAAAAAAAGGAAUAUUUAUAAAAUGUGAAAAUUUAAAAUGUGAAAAGUAUAUUCACCCAUUAUGUGCAUUUAUGUGUGGUUUAUAUAUAAAAUGUAAAAACUCGAACAAGAAAUUUUUGAAAUUUCAAAACAAAAUAGAUUACUGUUUUCCAAGAAUUUUCUUCUUCACCAAGUGUAUACACCAUUCCAUUAAAAAAUGUGGAGUUAUAAGAAUAUAUGAUGAAAUUAUCAAACGAAGAACCAAGUAUCUGAACCGAGAUUUAUAUCCAAAUAUCUAUGAAAACAAUAAGAAGGAAAGGAAGCAGAAAAAUUCUGUAAAGUAUAAAAAUCGUAACAAUUCUAGUAAUAAUAAAAAAGGUGGAAAUGCUAUUAUAGGAGCAGGUCCUGGACUAUCCGUUGGAGAAGGAAAUGCUGAUAUUUAUGAAAUGCUGGCUUUUAAUUUUAACUAUAUAGGUUCAUAUCAGUACAAUAUUUUCUUAUUACCAUCCAUUGAUUAUAUAAAGAAUGAUAUUUGUUUAGUUUGUUUUACAUCCCAUAAGGAGAAAAAAUUACUCUAUUGUAAAUAUUGUAAUAUGUGCGUUCAUAAGAACUGUUAUUUAGUUGAUUCGGAUUACUUGGAAUAUCAUUUUUAUAGACGAAAUAGGAGAUCUUAUACCUCUUUAAUGCACAACAAGCAGCAGAAAGUGAAGAACUUACGCAUCCAAGUCGAGGAAAAAAAGGAUGCACUUCUCACCAUUUUGCGUGAAGAGAAAACUUCUUUUAAUUAUGACAACGAGGCGAUGAAGCACGAAAAGGUGGAGAAUGCUGAAUGUGAGGUGAAGGUGGAGAAUACUGAAUGUGAGGUAAAGAUGGAGAAUACUAAACAAUCGUUAGGACACCAUUGUACUAGGCACAACACUGAAGACUCGAGUAAUGUUCAGGUAGGAGGUUUUACUACUCAAAGUUGCACAAUCAAUGGUAGAAAUGAGGAAGGGAUAUCUGAACUUGUUGAAUCCAUUUCUUUAGAAAAAUUUCCACGGACUCAUACUCCUAUUGUCAUGGAUACUAACGGGACGCAAGGUAUUACAGCAGAGAAUACAUACAAAUGCAGAAGUGCAAUAGACUCUGAUAAGGAAAUAAAAGAAUCAAACAUGUUUAAGGAACUACUGAAGAACGAGAUUAUAAACUGUUUGUAUACAGGGGAAUAUUUUCAGAAUGUGGAAAUUAUACAUAGAUUAAAAGAGUUUAAGAAAAAACAAGGAUAUAACUACCGAAGCGAUAAGAAUUACCUAAUUGAAGGUGAAGAAGAAAAGUGUGUAACUGAUUUGGAUGAUAUAGAAGAGAGAAAAUUAUUUGUUUGUGAUUUGUGUGCUAAUAAUUAUUCUCAUGAAAAUGUGAAUUGCAUAUUAUGUAGUAGAAGAGGAGGUGCUAUAAAAUUAAUAAAAAUUAAUGAUUAUAUGAAAAAUGAUAAGAAUAAAAAUAAAAAAAGUGCAUUUAUGAAACAAGAAAAGGAUUUUGUGUUUGCACAUAUGCAGUGUGCAUUAUAUGCUCCUCAAAUAAUUAUUCAAGACAUUGGAGAGGAAUAUUAUCAAAUUUUUAAUUAUGACAAUUUUUCUGUGAAUGAUUAUGAUGAAAUGAUUCAUAUGAAAGAAAAGCAUUUUUUGUCAGAUACUGAAGUUCGGGUUCUAAACAAUGAAUGCGAAUAUGAUGAAAAACAAUCCUUCCUUGGUGAGUUCUUUUAUAGGAAUUCAACGAGUACCACAAUGAGGAAGUGCAAUAGAAAUAUCCAGAAGGUUACAUCCAAGAAGAGCAGUACUAGUUCAGUUAGUCAUUUGCCGGUGUCUGGUUUGAAGCAUGACAAGAUGGAGAAACGUAGCGUUUCUAUUGCCCCUAUCGCUGCUUCUACCUGCACACAGCUAGGAAAAAAAGAGCUAGUCGAGAAAGCAGAUAAUAAUGAACCAGUUGAAGGAGCUGAAGAAAAGAAAACAGAACAGGGUGAAAAGGAGAAUGCUGAAAAAGUACAAUUAUUACAAAUUGGUGAGAAUUGUAGUGACAUCCAAACGAAGGAGGAAAAAUCAUUGGAAUGUCAAGAAGGAGAUUGUAAAAUACAAAAAAAAUUAAUUUUUGAUGCAACGGAGAAAGAGAAUAAUGAAAAGAAAAAUGUAUUUGAUUUUAUUAAAAAAGAAAGCGAAGAGUGCCAACAUGAGAAUGACAAUAAUAGCAACGUGGAUGAAGUUUUUGACCAAGACACAAAUAAGAAUUCGUUUCUAUCCUUCCAUGGAAAGAAUGGAUUGAUGAACUUUAAUUUAAUAAACCAGAGAGGUGGUACAAUGGAGGGCAUGGAAAUAGAGAGAUGUGGUAUGUUCCAAAAUAGCAACAAAAGCAGUAACAACAAUAAUAGUAGUAGCAACAAAAGCAGUAACAACAAUAAUAGUAGUAGCAAUAAUAACAGUAACAACAAGAGCAAGGAAGGUACCUGUAACCCUAAUUCGAUUUUGAACAAAAUAGACAAGUAUGAAAAGAGAUUCAGAAGAGGAAAAGAAAUUUUAUCGUACAGCAAAUCUGGAAGUAUGAUAGGAGACAACAGCAAGAGAUUAAUUGUAACAUCAUCGACACAUGUUGGAUUUUCAAAUAAGAAAACGACAAAUCUUUAUUAUUACAAUUUUAAUAGAAAAAAGAAUAAUUAUAAAAUUAUUAUAAAAGAUAAAUUAAAAAAAUAUUUAAAUAAGAAUAUCUGUUACAUAUGUAAUUUGACAUAUGGAUAUACUCAAAAAUGUAUAGAAACAAAUUGUAAUCAUUAUUUUCAUAUAUCAUGUGCAAAAAUACAUAAACUCUUUUUCGAAUUUGAUUAUACCUUUUUAAAAAUCUAUCCAAAUGUAAUGAAUGUGGAUAUUUCAAAGUUGCCCAAUUCUGCUCCUCCCAACACGGUCAUAUUUUGUGAAUUCCACUCAAAAAUAAGGAGAAGGGCAAAACCCUCAAUAAAAUUAUUUUCUAAGUUAAGAUCAUUUUUAGAACUCGCUCGUAUAAUUGUAGGACAGAUGAAGAAAAGGGAAGACAUAAAGAAUGCAUGGAUAAAAGAAAAGCACAAAAGAGAUUUAACGUGCGGGGGAGAAGAGGGAGACGACGACGAAGAGGAGGAGGAGCAGCAGGAGCAGCAACACACGCAGGAUGAUGAUGAUGAUGAGAUGCAACAUACACAGGAUGAUGAUGAGGACGAUGGAAAUGGCAGUGACAGUGGAAAUUUGGACCCCUCGGAUUACUCCAACCAUUGCGAAGGUUCUGAUAGCUCCGAUAAUUCAGAUAAAUCUGAUAAGUCAGACAAGUCCGACAAAUCGAACGAAUCAAACAAAUCAGACGAAUCAGACAAAUCAAACAAUUCCGGUCGUUCCAGCCACUGUUCCAACUCCAUCCAUUUUAAUGAUAUGCACGUGUUAAGUGGACGAAACAAAGGUGUCAACAGAAAUGGCAGAUUGCUACACGAACGUAUGGGUGAUGCAGAAAAGACGGAGAUUAAUUCCACGCGAGUAAAGAGUACCUUAUUUGAUAAUGAUUCUAAUGUUGCAGAUAGAAGGAGUAGUGAUCCUAAUGAUACGUUUGACAGAAUGCACGACAGCAUUGCAUGUAGUAGUGACAAUGGAAAUAGUAGCAUAAUCAUUAGCGAUAAUAAAGGUGAUGAUGAUGGCAGAAGUAAUAUUCAAAUGAACAAUAGGCGUACGCAAAUAUUUGAUGCAAAUCCCAUGCUGGACUCGUCACAAAUGGAGAAAAAUGAACUUGUUAGGAAGAAGAACUCACCACUAAUCAAAGACAGUGAUGGAAGAAAGAAUCACGAUUCUUUUGGCCCAAUAAGGAAGUUUACGAGGACGGGCACGCAGGAAGGCGAGGCAGAAGUAGAAGCAGAAGUAGAAGCAGAAGUAGGAGCAGAAGCGGAUGAUGUAUAUGGUAGCGACUGUCAUUACGUCCAGGAGAACGAAACACACUCAGAUAGCCACGAGAAAGAAAUGGAAAAUGUCUAA